AUGCUGCGUAUACCGACACUUCCGGUCGUGCGAGCCAAACCACCCACGCCGCGCUUCUUCAACCCGUCUUAUCGCUCGCUGUCGAGGCCUCAACUCCUUUCCUCGGACCUGCUCGCACACCAGUCGACCAAGUCAGCCGCACAACGGAGAUGUUCGUUCAGCUCGAAAGCGAACGGCAGCAACUCGUCGUCGAGAGGCAGGAACAGUGCUAGGAGCGCAACAGCGGUCAAGCAAUCGAAGCGAGCCGAUGCGACCACCACCACUCCGGCCACUACCUCCGCCUCCACCACCACCACCACCGUUCAUGACACUGCAGCAUCACCUGCCCCCACGUUACACACCACAUCCGCAGCCCCCAAUGCCCAGCAGCUUGCGGCCACACCUCGACCCGCCCUCGCCACCCUGCCGCACGUCACUCCCUCCCUCGUCGGCCUCGACAGCUUCUUUGCCGCCGGACGCCCACUGCUCGAACUUCCGAUACGUCUUGAUCUCCGCAAAUCGACCUCUCCGGCGAACUCGACCUCUUACACCACGCUCGAGGCCCUGAUCAAUGCGAACGAGACGGACGGUCAAGAAGAGAUCGGCGUCGCCGACUUUGAGGGUGACAGCGAGCUGGCUGAGGUCGUCGACCUCGGACCCGACGGCAAGCCCAUUGGAGCACCUUACUUCACCAUGGUGGGUGAACGCAAGCCCAUCGAGCCCCUGCGUACGGCUGAGGAAGAACGCGAGAUCGAGCUCAAGCAGGCCGAUGAGGCCGCGCAGGAGCACGAGCAGACGAUGCGCGUUCUCGAGGAGAACCAAGACGACCCUUACGAUGCUUGGUUGAUUGGUGAACGUGAAGGUACCGAGCAUGCAACCUCGGUCGCACGGUAUCUCGCAGCGCAGUCGCCGUUCGUGGCCCCUCCCCCGCCCGCGCUCGUGGCCGAGUCGGCGUCCUCGACCAGAACCAGCCCGCACUCGCCUCAGACCCAAUCCAACAUUUCCUACUUGCGAGCUUUUGAGCCCAAGACCGCAAGGGCUGCAUCGCAAUCGUCGACGCUAUCUGCAUCCCCUUCGUCGUCUCCGUCAUCGCUCUUCGCAACCCAGCUUGCGAACCCUCUCAGCCCUCUCGAAGCUCGUAAACAUACCGAACGAUUCCUCUCUUCUGCCUCGCUCCUACAUCGUUGGCAUGCCGAGCGCGACUUUUAUGCACUCGUGUCGAACAAGCUCGAGCGAGCGGCCCGAUCGUACGCCGGUCCAAGCGGACGCAAGCAGCGCUCUCGGUCUUCGUCUUCGUCGUUCCAGAAUGGUCGAUUACGGCUGUGGACCACCCAGUCGAAAGGAUGGCAACUCGCUGAUUUCAAGGCUAAUGGUUCCAACGGCGUCUUCUUGGCCGCCGAGAUGGUCGAUCUGGACUGGGUCGACGAGGAAGACGCUGCGAACUCUCACGAGGUCCAGCUUGAUUCGACAAGGCGGAAGAGGAAGAAGAUGAUCACCAAGCACAAGUACAAGAAGAGGAGGUACGUGUUUGAUGUAAUCCGGAUUGGUAUUAAAGUUUGAUGCAUAUGGAGAGCUGAUCAUCGCUUCCUUUUCACCGGGUUUUCAUCGGACUUUUUAGAAAGGCGCAACGAGCUUUGAGGCAGAGGUUGGGCAAGUAA